GGCGGGCGCACGCGAGAGUGCUCAGUCAUGAGCGUGUUUGUAAACACCAUCAUUAGACUCAUCAAAACAGACAGACAGACAGUGAUGCUACUUUCACACGACCUGACACACGCUUAUAAUGCAAAAAAAGACGUCCAUCACCAGUUUAAUAUAGAUAUUAUCAUUGCGCGAUGCCUCAGUUAAACACAUAAACCUAAAUAAAGGUAAUAUGAAGGAUUGUGUUUAGCCAGUAUGCUAGUUCAGCCAAAGUCAAGGAACAACGGUUUAGUCAGCUAUUUCAUAACACAGAAUGUCCCGAACGUCAAUUUAUUGAUUCAGUAAGCACCAAACUCGAGAGCUGGUCAAGAUGCCUUGGCCAUUUUCGGAGUCAAUUAAGAAGCGGGCCUGCAGGUACCUGCUGCAUCGAUAUCUCGGCAAUUUCCUCCAAGAGAAGCUCAGUUUGGACCAGCUUAGCCUGGAUCUUUAUCAAGGCACAGGCUUACUUGCUCAAGUGCCGUUGGACAAAUGGUCCCUGAAUGAGAUCCUGGAGUCUGUGGAUGCUCCAUUUGAAGUGAGUGAGGGCUUCAUCCAGGCCAUUUCCCUGACUGUGCCAUGGGCCUCGCUGCUACAGGACAACUGUGUGCUGGAAGUGAGGGGCUUGCAGAUGGUCCUUAGGCCAAGGCCUCGAAUGGCAUCUGGUAUGGAGCCCAUGUACUGGUCCAGCUUCAUGACCAGCAGUAUGCAGUUGGCCAAAGAGUGUCUAAGCCAAAGACUCACUGAUGAUCAUGGAGAGAGCUCCCAGCCUCUGGAGGGCCUGGAGAAGUUUGCAGAAACUAUUGAGACAGUUUUGAGAAGAGUCAAGGUCACGUUUGUGGAUACUGUCCUGAGGAUUGAACAUGUUCCAGAAAAUUCUAAAACUGGCAUUGCCCUUGAACUCCGAAUCAACAAGAUGGUUUACUGUGAUGAGAGUGUGGAAGAGGGCUCCAGUGUCAAUAUCCAUCAACCCACCACAUUUGCACAUAAAAACCUGACUCUGGAUGGUGCCUCUGUGUUCUGGGAUGAGUAUUCAGAAUCGGCACGUGCCGGCCUCAAAUCAUCCCCCACGCAAACAGAGAUGGAACCUAAGCUUUCACCAAGCUGGAACCCAAAAAUCAUCUGUGAGCCUCACCCUCAGUUCCCAGAGCCUGUGUCUUCAUGUACACGAUUUGAGCCAGUGCAAGUGGGCUGCCUCAGUGGCAAGCUGGAGCUGUCCAUGGUUCUGAAGCAAAAUGAAGCAAUGCCCAGAGCCAAGUUGGACAUUGAUGGACAGUUUGAUUCUCUAAUAAUGCUGCUCUCACCACGACAAGUCCACCUCUUACUGGAUAUGUUUGGGGUCUUCUCCAGCUCAGCAGGGCAGGAGUGGUCUGCUUUAGGGAAGGACAGGAAGAGUCGACCCAUGCAACAGGAGGACGAGUAUCGCCUCCACAUGGAGCUCAACCGCUGCCUGAAGAAGGACACCAUUACAGGGGUCACCGACCAGGACUUGUUUGAGAGUCAGACCACGAGAACAGUGUCCAGCCGAGAGGAUGUCUUUUUCUCCAUGGCUGAUAUGGACAUGUCACACAGCCUAUCAUCUCUUCCCCCUCUUUGGGAUCCGCCCGCUGUGGAUCUGGAUUUGUCUCUAAAUAGCAACUACUCCGCCUCCUUGGGGGAGUCACCAUCUGGAAAUAUGGUGUGGGAUGAGUACACGGAUGUUACUAGACAGAAGGAGAAACAGACUAAUGAGACACCACAGCUUUCACGAGAUCCUCACUUCCCCCAAAAGCUGAUCCGGCAGACCUCACAUCCAUCUAAGGGCCACUGUGAUGAGUCCAGGCCUGAGCUGGUUCUCAGGGUGACAGUGGGAAGUCUUUGCUUGUCUGUGCUCCAUAUCGACCCCCUCCCACCUCCAGACUCCUCCCUCAGCCCUCUCGCACCAAUGGCCUCCGAGUUUUUCCGCAUUAUGUCUUUAAAUAAACUCCCAUUGGGGGUUUUCCUUCAAUCACGAACUGUCUUUGAUGAAGCCUGUCCUCAUGAUCAUCUCAGGUUAAUAGGUCAGGGUUUAAAGGUGACAUAUGAGCACUGCCAAGGAUCCAGUGUACGGUUGCUGAACACAGAUCUUUCGCUGAGUCAGGUGGAGCUGUUGGAAUGUCUGUACUGUACUGACAGCCACACUACACAGAAUGGAGCCCAGUACACAGAGCUUCUUACGUUUGACGUCCCAGCCAGUAGUGAUUCUUCCCCUCCCACUUGCCUUCAUCUACUCUACAAACUAACAGAACGCAGAGGCCCACAGGGCGGACAGGUACGUCUGAGCACUAUACCUUGUAAGGCAGAGUUGCAGGUGGAGUUGGGUAAAGUGCGUUCAGAGUGUGACGUCAGCAUCGUGGACAGGCUUAACUCCCUACUCCAGCCCCAGAAACUAGUUACCACGGAGAUGAUGGCAUCCCACAUGUACACAUCAUACAAUAAGCACGUCAGCCUGCACAAGGCCUUUGCCGAGGUCUUCUUGGAUGAUAGCCGAACACCAGUGCACUGCCAUGUGUCCGUGUCCAUAAAUGCCCCUCUGCUGGUGCUGGUGGUGCGCUUUCCGAUCCCGGACCUGCGCUCUGAUCAGGAGAGGGGCCCCUGGUUUAAGAAAUCCCUGCAGAAAGAGCUGCUCUGCCUGAAACUGGAGGAUCUGGAGCUCAAGACGGAGUUCACUGGAGGAAACUCAUCAGAGCAGACCAAGAUUGAGCUCACGUUUAAAGAGCUCAGUGGGUCAUUCCAAGAAGACAAAGAACACUCAGCAGCCAGGUUCUUUCGAGUUGCUAACACCAUGGAGGAGGACAUGACAUCUUCCGACUGUGACAAAUUUGACUGGCCCAGAGUUAUUCUGAAGGUGAACCCCAUGACUGUGCACUCCAUCCUAGAGCGCAUAACAACUGAGGAAGAGGAGGAAGGGGUGGACAGACACUCACAGGAGGAAGAGGAAGAAGAGGAAGGAGCUGCCCACUCCCUGAAGGAUGUGUGUGAUUUUGGGAAACCCUCGCCCUCACCCUUCUCUUCACGACGUGUUAUGUAUGAGAAUGAGGAGAUGGUUAUCCCAGGAGAUGUGUUGGAGAUGACUGAAUUCCAGGAGAAAACCAUAAGCAACUCCCGCUACAUACUGGAGCUGUUUUUCCCCAAUGUGCAGCUCUCUUUGCCCAAUAAAGCCUUUUAUGAGAAACUACACAACAGGAUUAAUAAUGACCUGCUGCUAUGGGAGCCCACUGCUCCAUCUCCAGUCGAGACGGUGGAGAACAUCCCAUAUGGAAUGGGCCUCUCUGUAGCCAGUCAGCUUAUCAACAACUACAGUAAAGAAGGCUUCAGUCAGUUCAGAUCUACUGGCCCUGAGGAGGAGGAGAGUGGUUCUGAGGAGGAGAUCCUGCAGUAUUACACUCCUGCUGAACUGGGCUACAGGAACAGGAGGAAGAAGAGGAGUAAGAUUCAGCCUAAGAAUUCACAGAGCCUCUUCUCCAUUGUGCUGUCUGUGAACCAUGGCCUGUUGGCUGUAAACACACAGCUUAAGCAGGAUGAUCAGAGCGUGUUACAAAACAAACAUGGAGAGUUCUGGAUGGAGGUAAAAAACGGGACGCUGUUUGGUGUGAUGCAGCACGAGGGCUACAAUGACCAGCAUUAUAUCUGUUUCCACACAUCUCAGGCCUGCCUCUAUCACCACGGUACAGUGGAUGGAGAUCCACCUGAGUGGAGUAUUGAUCUGCCCUGCAGGAUGCGCCCUCAUUGGCUGGAGCCUGUGAUGUAUGUAUCUGAAUCUGCCCCAGAGAGGGCAUCCCCCUCUGAAGGGCUCAGUCUAGAGCCCCACAGCAUGCUGUCUGUCGCUGUUAAAAUCUUCCCCCACAACACUGAGCGCAGUGUCAAGGAGUUUCUCGUUGCCAUUGGCAUGAGGGGAGUUACACUGCAGCACAAAGUGGUGCCUUCAAAUCUGGGUUGGUACGACCAGAUAGUUGACUUUUUAAAUGUGUCAGAUGAGCCAGUGCUUGGCUACACCCCCCUAUCAUCAGUCUCCACCCUCCACCUGCACCUGUGGAGUUGCUCCCUUGAUUACAGACCCUUGUAUUUGCCUGUGAGAUCUCUGCUGACAGUGGAGAACUUCAGCAUCUCCAGAAGUGUGUCUUUAGAUCACUCUUCCUCCACUCUCAGAAUAAUUUUAGAUGAGGCUGCAUUGUUUCUGUCUGACAAGAUCAAUGCUGUGUCUGUUAAUCUGGCUCGAGACUAUGUGCAGGUGGUUGAUAUGGGGACUCUAGAACUAAGAAUCACAGCGGUCAAACCAGGAACGGACGGAAAAAUGACAGAGCCAAGGUUUGAGCUGCGUUGCUCAAGUGAUGUUAUUCACAUUCGCACCUGCUCUGACUCCUGUGCUGCACUCAUGAACCUUAUUCAGUACAUUGCUAGCUAUGGGGACCUAAUUCCCCCUUCUGGACUGGAGCACAAAAGCAGAAGCACUAAGCAAAUAGUGAAGACUGAGGCAGUGAGUCGACCACCAGCGAAUACUCCUUUACUUCCUGAAGAAGAGCAGCAGAUUCUUCAGGAUCUUAUGUGUGAUGCUAUGGAAGACACAGACGGCUUGCAGAGCCAUACACUGCAGCAGAACGGUGUCAGUGAAGAUCACUCACAUAACCAUGACCCACCCCACUCCGAUCUCUUCCUUUUCCCUGAUGAAAGUGGAAAUCUAGGGCAGGAGCCGAGCCCCACCUACCCCACCCUGCACUCCCCACUCAUCUCCCCUCCUGUCCCCUCCCUGCCCCACGACUCUGAUGACUUCUGCAUCUUGGACACACCUGGUUCCAGAGAACGGGAGAGGGAUGAGGAGCCCAUGGUUAAGAAGCUGACCUCUGAGCCUGUCGUUGUGAAGGAGGACCACUUCAGUGUUCCUCUGCAGGGCUGCAGCUCUAACAGAGGGCCACUUCACUUCCCUGUGCCUGAAGUCAGAUACCUGGUCAAAGAGAUCUCUGUGGUGUGGCACCUCUACGGAGGAAAGGACUUUGGUGGUGGAGCACUCUCCUCCUCACCAGCUCGCAGUCGAGGGUGCACUCCUCACAGCUCUCCAUCACAGACUUCUUUAAGACAGGCUAGAAAAGGCUCUCGUGCUGGAGGAUGGGGUAGAAAUCCUGAUGUUUUGAUGGAGAUUCAUCUCAGUAAGGUACGGUUCCAGCAUGAGGUAUAUCCUCAGAUGGCUCCAGAGGCAGGUGAUUUGUUGGAGCAGCCAGUGUCUAGACAGGUGUUCUCAGUGCAGGAUCUGGAGAUACGAGACAGACUGGCCUCCUCUAUGAUGAAUAAAUUCCUCUACCUGUACUCUAGUAAAGAGAUGCCCAGAAAAGCUCACUCCAACAUGUUAACCAUUAGAGCCCUGCAUGUGUCACCAGAGGCUGGACAGGCACCACAGGAGUGCUGCCUGCGUGUUUCUCUAAUGCCUCUCCGUCUGAACAUUGACCAGGAUGCUAUGUUCUUUCUAAAGAACUUCUUCAGCAGUCUGGCAGCAGAGGUCGAGCUGUUUUCCCCACCAGAGCAGGAAGUGUUCUGUGUGUCGAUGAAGAAGCCUACUGGCCCUGAGGUUUCCUGCAGUUUUUCCAAAUACAAUGGUGGAGCGAGUCAGGACCCUGCACCCAUCAUCUCUGUGCCAAUACAAGCCCGCAGCAGCACCUGCGGCCAAGACAGCACCACUGACACAGACCAGCCCAUAUUCUUCAGAGAGUUCCGGUUCACAUCAGAAGUGCCAAUUCGAUUAGACUACCACGGAAAACACAUGGCCAUGGAGCAGGGCACAUUUGCUGGUAUUGUGAUCGGACUGACACAGCUGAACUGCUCAGAGCUCAAAUUACGGCGAUUGUGUUACAGACAAGGAUUAUUAGGUGUUGACAAGCUCUUUUCAUAUGCCAUUAACGAGUGGCUCAAUGAUAUUAAGAAGAACCAGUUGCCAGGUCUUCUGGGAGGUGUGGGACCCAUACACUCCCUGGUGCAGCUGGUACAGGGUUUUAGGGAUUUCUUGUGGCUGCCCAUCGAGCAGUACCGUAAGGAUGGGAGAAUUGUGCGUGGCUUCCAACGGGGCACCGCCUUCUUCGGAACCUCCACCGCAAUGGCAGCCCUAGAGCUCACCAAUCGGAUGGUGCGAACAAUACAGGCGGCUGCUGAAACUGCUUAUGACAUGGUGUCUCCAGUGCCAGAUGAGAAAGAAUGCAAGAAGAUCAAACGGUACUCACAUUACUGCCUGGCACAUCAGCCAGUGGACCUCAGAGAAGGGGUGGCCAAGGCAUACAGUGUAGUGAAAGAGGGCAUUACAGACACGGCCCUGAUCAUUUACGACACUGCCACACGCGAGCAUGAACAGAGGGGCAUGACGGGCGCUGUGGGCGGAGUCCUGCGACAGCUUCCUCCCACUGUCGUUAAACCUCUUAUCGUUGCCACGGAAGCAACUUCCAAUGUGCUGGGAGGCAUGAGGAACCAGAUCCACCCAGAUGCACGUCAGGAAGAGUCCCAGAAAUGGCGCUUUGGGGAAGAGUGAGCUGUGCUCUGAAAUUUACUCUGGUGGUCUGCAUUAUAUCAAAAUUGAUAUUCGUACUGGCCUAUCAGUCUAAAUAAUGUGUGUUGGCACCCACACAGACGAUAUGAGGCCAGUUUUUCUUUUUGCUACUAAUGUUUUUGUUUAAAGCAGUCUCUUUGUCAAUGAGACAACUAGAAGCUGUGGUAGCAAAAGUCUAACCCAAAUGAAUUAUCAGAGGAACAUUCAUCGACUAAUGGACUAAUUCAUCGGGUCUUCUCAAUGCCACAGGACUAGAAUUGUGUGCUGGAGUAGAUUUAACCAGAUUUGUCUUUUCUCACACCACCAACAAACAUUCUCUUAGUGCCUUCAUUUCAUAGCUGAUUAAUAUCUUAUGAUCAUCAGUUCUGUGAAUUAUAUGGUUGUGUUGUGGGAUAAACUAGAUUACUGUGCCAUGGUUUCUUCCCUGUGUUCAAUUCUAAACCAAUGUCCAUUACCACAGAACUUUUGUGGUAUUUAGACUGUGAGCUACAGUAUGUUCAAAGUUGGAUGUCUCAUAAAGAAAUGUCUGGGUCGCAUUUCACUCCAAAAUCAAAGAAGAAAGGGAAGUUAGAUUUUGCACAAGAAGCCUAAAAAUAAAGCCUGUUUAUGACCAUUAAGAGUUUUUGCAAAGUGACAUUUCCAUAACAAUUAUGCACAAUUAUUCAAUUCUCAUAACUGUAAUGCAAAAAAGAAAAAACAUUAUUUUUAAUGUAAUUGUAAUGAAAAUUAUCCUGUUUUGACAGUAAUUUUUUUUAAAUCUAAAUCAGCAUAAAUUAAACAGCAAAGACAACCAUGAUUUAUACUUUCAAAUGUACUUUACAAUUGAAAUAAUAUAUCACUAUUUCUUAGCAUUGCAAUAAUCAGGAUAAGAUCCUUCAAUUAUUUAAAUGACCUUUUCAGUAGUCUUAAUUGUCAUGAAAAUGUUACAGUGCAAAAUAUCUUAAUAGUCCUAAAAAUUCAUUUGCUUUGUGCAGAAUUUAUUUAUUUAUUUAUUGCAAAAAUAUGAUCUGGACAUUUCUUGACAGGUUUCAUGAAAUUCACUCAUAAAGGCUUAGCCUGUUAAAAAUACAGUACAUUGCAAGUCUUUGCUAAUACUGUCAAAAAGAUGAAAAUAAUUAAAAUCAGCUGUCUGGUAAGAUAUUUUACACUUCCUACAAUAGUCAUCUCCUUAUCAAAACCUGUUAUUAGCUGUUUAAAUGGAAGACUGUAGACUCUUAUUUGCACCUGAUAAAUAUGGCUUUCAAGCAACAAUGUUGUGUUUUAGUUCCUCUUUGCAGCUGCUGUGUUAGAAACGAGUCCUCAAACAAGUGGAAUAUUUUACGGCUAUUAUUACCACUAGUAGUGCUUAUUUCAUUGAUCUCAGAAAGUUAUGCUCUUUAUCUGUCUUUUUUAGUUCUGUUUAGCUGUCAAGACAGUAUGUCAGGAGUAAGGACAGCGUCUGCUUGAGUGACAUUCCUAAGAAGCUGCAUUUCAGAAGUCUUAUGGAUGGUCUUUAGAUAAGGACACAAGCUCUUGCGGAGUUUUCCAUAUUGUUAAAACUGUCAAAUAAACGAGAAUUUUAAUUCUCUGUUCUUCCAUAUCAAUGUAUCAAAAAUGUUUGUUUGAUAAAUAUAUUGUCUUUUUUUUUCUGAUGGCAUCAAAUGUGUUGGGUGAGCAAAGGUUAAUUUGAUGUUGGGAAACUAAUAAAUAACAGCUUAUUUUAGUUUUACAGUCCAAACACUUCCUUUUCUCAUUGAGAUGAUGCCUCUAAUAUUUAUUGAAUGUUUGUUGAGAUAAUUACCUUUAUUGUACAUAGAUGUACAGGUCAUUUCCCCAGUUUGUAUGAAAGCAUGUAUUAUCAAGAAAAGGGAAAUAAAUUGUCCGCCACUUG